GGGGCGAGAAGGUAGCGGCCAGAGCAUGGCGGAGCAGAUCCCUCUGUACCCGGUGCGCAGCGCGGCGGCCUUGGCCGCGGCCAACCGCAAACGCGCGGCCUACUUCAGCGCAGCUGGGCCCGGGCUGGGGGCCGACCGGCCCAGCAGGUACCAGCUGGAGGAUGAGUCCGCACACUUGGAUGAAAUGCCACUAAUGAUGUCUGAAGAGGGCUUUGAGAACGACGAAAGUGAUUACCACACUUUACCACGAGCUAGGAUCACGCGAAGAAAGAGAGGCCUGGAGUGGUUUGUCUGUGGGGGAUGGAAGUUCCUCUGUACCAGUUGCUGUGAUUGGCUGAUAAAUAUUUGUCAAAGAAAGAGAGAAUUGAAAGCUCGUACAGUGUGGCUUGGAUGUCCGGAAAAGUGUGAAGAAAAACAUCCCAGAAAUUCUAUAAAAAAUCAGAAAUAUAAUAUAUUUACCUUUAUACCUGGGGUUUUAUACGAACAAUUCAAGUUUUUCUUGAAUCUCUAUUUUCUGAUAGUAUCCUGCUCACAGUUUGUACCAGCAUUGAAAAUAGGGUAUCUCUACACCUACUGGGCUCCUCUGGGGUUUGUCUUGGCUGUUACUAUCAUGAGAGAAGCAGUUGAUGAGUUUCGGCGUUUCCAGCGAGACAAGGAAGUGAACUCACAACUGUACAGCAAGCUUACAGUAAGAGGUAAAGUGCAAGUUAAGAGUUCAGACAUACAAGUUGGAGACCUCAUCAUAGUGGAAAAGAAUCAAAGAAUUCCAUCGGACAUGGUAUUUCUUAGGACGUCAGAAAAAGCAGGUUCAUGUUUUAUUCGAACUGAUCAACUCGAUGGUGAAACUGACUGGAAGCUGAAAGUGGCGGUGAGCUGCACACAGAGGCUGCCCGCUCUGGGGGACCUUUUUUCUAUCAACGCUUAUGUUUAUGCUCAGAAGCCACAAUUGGAUAUUCAUAGUUUUGAAGGCACAUUUACGAGGGAAGACAGUGAUCCACCUGUUCAUGAAAGUCUCAGCAUAGAAAAUACAUUGUGGGCAAGCACUGUGGUUGCAUCAGGUACUGUAAUAGGUGUGGUCAUCUAUACUGGAAAAGAGACUAGAAGUGUCAUGAAUACAUCAAAUCCAAAAAACAAGGUUGGUUUGUUGGACCUUGAACUCAAUCAGCUGACCAAAGCACUAUUUCUGGCCUUGGUUGCCCUCUCGGUUGUCAUGGUGACCUUGCAGGGAUUCGCAGGCCCGUGGUACCGCAGUCUCUUCCGCUUUCUUCUCCUCUUCUCCUACAUCAUUCCCAUAAGUUUGCGUGUGAACCUGGACAUGGGCAAGGCUGCCUACGGGUGGAUGAUCAUGAAAGAUGAGAACAUUCCCGGCACCGUGGUCCGGACCAGCACCAUCCCGGAGGAGCUGGGGCGCCUGGUGUACCUGCUGACCGACAAGACAGGAACCCUCACCCAAAACGAGAUGGUGUUUAAGCGGCUGCACCUGGGCACCGUGUCUUACGGGACGGACACGAUGGAUGAGAUCCAGAACCACCUCGUGAACGCCUAUGCACAGAUGCAGUGUCAGGCUGGCGGAAGCAGCACUGCUUCAACUCCUCCGAGGAAAGCCCAAUCGUCAGCACCCAAGGUGAGGAGGAGUGUGAGCAGCCGGGUCCACGAGGCCGUGAAGGCUGUUGCCCUGUGUCACAACGUGACCCCCGUGUACGAGGCCUGUGGCAUGGCUGGCGAGACCGAGGUUGCCGAGGCAGACCAGGACUUCAGUGACGACAACCGCACCUACCAGGCCUCCAGCCCCGACGAGGUGGCCCUGGUGCGGUGGACUGAGAGCGUCGGCCUCACGCUGGUCAGCAGAGACCUCACGUCCAUGCAGCUGCGGACCCCCAGCGGCCAGAUCCUCACCUACUGCAUCCUGCAGACCUUCCCCUUCACGUCGGAGAGCAAGCGCAUGGGGGUCAUCGUCAGGGAUGAGUCCACAGCAGAGAUUACGUUCUACAUGAAGGGCGCUGACGUGGCCAUGGCCUCCAUCGUGCAGUACAACGACUGGCUGGAGGAGGAGUGUGGAAACAUGGCCCGUGAAGGCCUGCGCACGCUCGUGGUGGCCAAGAGGGCACUCACGGAGGAGCAGUACCAGGACUUCGAGAGCCGCUAUAACCAGGCCAAGCUGAGCCUCCACGACCGGACGCUCAAGGUGGCCGCGGUGGUGGAGAGCCUGGAGCGGGAGAUGGAGCUGCUGUGCCUGACAGGCGUGGAGGACCAGCUGCAGGCAGACGUGAGGCCCACCCUGGAGAUGCUGCGCAACGCCGGCAUCAAGAUAUGGAUGCUGACAGGCGACAAGCUGGAGACUGCCACGUGCAUCGCCAAGAGUUCUCACCUGGUGUCUCGAACGCAGGACACACAUGUUUUCAGGCCGGUGACCAGCCGUGGAGAAGCCCACCUGGAGCUGAACGCCUUUCGAAGGAAACACGACUGUGCACUGGUCAUUUCCGGGGACUCCCUGGAGGUGAGGCUGGCCUGCCCCAGGCCUGUCCAUCUGUCCUCCCUGGAGGUCUGCCUGAAGUACUAUGAGCAUGAGUUCGUGGAGCUGGCCUGCCAGUGCCCGGCCGUGGUCUGCUGCCGCUGCUCCCCAACCCAGAAGGCCCACAUCGUCAAGCUCCUGCAGCAGCACACAGGCCGGCGCACCUGCGCCAUUGGUGACGGAGGGAAUGAUGUGAGCAUGAUCCAGGCGGCAGACUGCGGGAUCGGCAUUGAGGGGAAGGAGGGGCGGCAGGCCUCGCUGGCAGCCGACUUCUCCAUCACUCGGUUCAAGCACGUCGGCCGCCUGCUCAUGGUGCACGGCCGCAGCAGCUACAAGCGCUCCGCGGCGCUCGGCCAGUUCGUCAUGCACCGGGGCCUCAUCAUCUCUACAAUGCAGGCCGUGUUCUCCUCUGUCUUCUACUUCGCGUCGGUUCCUCUGUACCAGGGCUUCCUCAUGGUCGGGUACGCGACCGUCUACACCAUGUUCCCCGUGUUCUCACUGGUGCUGGACCAGGACGUGAAACCGGAGAUGGCCAUGCUCUACCCGGAGCUGUACAAGGACCUCACCAAGGGGCGAUCCUUGUCCUUCAAGACCUUCCUCGUCUGGGUUCUGGUCAGCAUUUACCAAGGCGGCAUCCUCAUGUUCGGGGCGCUGGUGCUCUUCGAGUCCGAGUUCGUGCACGUGGUGGCCAUCUCCUUCACGGCCCUGGUGCUCACGGAGCUGCUGAUGGUGGCGCUGACCGUCAGGACGUGGCACUGGCUCAUGGUCGUGGCCGAGCUGCUCAGCCUUGGCUGCUACGUGGCCUCGCUCGCUUUUCUCAAUGAAUAUUUUGACAGGUAGCCAAAUGCCGUUGCUGGAGACGCCUGACUGAGGAGAGCCCCGUGCCCCGUCUGGAAGACGUUUGCCUCAGGCCCUUCCCCGGAGACAGUCUGGCCUGAUCCACUUGCAGAGGCGCCUCCUGGGCCCAGGGCCCGGGUCCUGCACUCGUCAGAGGGGACGGGCUGGCGUCACGCGCCCCCGACGAGCGUCCGGGCCGUCUUGCACGCAGCACCAGACCUCCAGUUUGUUGUGCUUGAGCCGGGUUUUCACGACGUGCCCACACUGCCCAGGCCCCGUGAGCCCUGCACAGACCGGGCCUCUCCUUCCCAGGCCACCCGCUGUCCGUGGUUCUACAGGUAGCUUUGCCCACAGCCUGCAGGGUUGGCGCGUCCUGAAGGCAACCGCCUGGCCAGGUUCCCACGCGGCUCUCCCCGGCAGCAUCAGGACAGCCUUCCGCCAGGCCGGAGGUCGGCCUGGCGCUUCCCCUGGGACAGCAGGACCCAUGGGGGCAGGCUCGCAGGGACGGAUUGCUGAUUCCACACAGGCCCGGAGGGUCCAACCCACCACAGGCCGCAUUGCGUGCGUCUGCCCCUGAACACGGGGUUCGUGCCUCCUGUUGGGAACCCCUCACCGGGUGCAGGCAGAACAGUGCCUUCACAGGGACCCCAAGGUUCUGCCAGGCCCGCCUCUGUGGUAACCUGGGUGCAGGUGGAGGGGGGCCACAACCCCAGCACCCUGAGACCUGUUUGGGCUUUCUC